UACAACUUCCUCACAAAACCUAAAGCCUCAACAUGAAGUAUAAAGUAUUAUACUUCUUCGUCUUGUAUUUGGCAGUGGUGGAAAACAAACUGCUCAACGAAGGUAAAAUACAUCGAUAUAUAGUGAGUAGACAUCAAGGACCCCGAGGUAGCCUCAUAUGUCAUCCGCCUUUGAUCUUUGCCCUCCAAACUCUCUGCCAAUUGUCAGGGGGACAAACCAGGAAGAGCUUAAAGGGUCGUUGGCAGUGGCCACCUGAAGAGGGAAUUUCCGGAGAGUGGCCCAAGGUUCAGGGCUUCAGAACUCUACUGGUUACUCCAAUAGAUAUAACCGAAUCUGCAAGAGAGGCGGUUAGGAACGUGAGUGAUUUGGAGUUUAUGAAUUUUGUGGACCCAGGAAAACAUCUGUUUGAGAUCAACCAAAGAGUGGAUAUGUUUACAAGCGCAAUGACAGCCAGAUUGCUAAGGAAACGUAAUCUCAGUAAGGACACACAGAUGAUUUCGAUAAGCGCCGGAGUGAUAGAAGGUCGUUGGGAAACCCCGUUUCCCAGGAAAAAUACCAGACAUCGUCCUUUUAACGAACACUUCUUGCCAAAUCAAGAGGAAAGGGUUGUGGUGGUACCCACCAUGCACCAAAUUGGAGUUAGGUACCCCUAUGCCAAGUUGGCUGAUACGGAGAUGCUACUUCUGCCAAUGGCUGGCAAUAAAGACGUCAAAUUCAUGAUUCUUUUGAGCUCUGUUUUAAAAAGUACCGAUGACCUUAAGCCAAUUAAGUUCAUAAUGCCCACUUACGAGAAUCUCACAGAGCUCAUCAAGUUGGCCAAGAAGCAACUGGUGGAGGUGCAACUACCAAAACUUAGAUUCACCUACUCAGUGGAGCUUGUUCCUCACAUUUUGAGUGAUAUGGGUUUUAAAAGUUUGUAUAGUGAGACUGCAAACUUCGGGGUACUUUCGAACACCAAAAAACUACGACUUUCCAGCAUGUUGCACACGGCGGCCAUCGAUAUAGAUGAGGGAGGCAUUAAUGAGGUGAAGCAAAGUUACGUCGAAGAAAAAGCACCUAGAUCCCGGCGGGAAAAUGGAAUACAAUUUUUUGCAAAUCGACCCUUCUUUUUUGCCGUUCUUGAUUACAAGCAGGUCUAUUUAACUGGCGAAUACGUAGGUCCCUAAAUUUAUAACGAAGGUCCGAAGAUGUUAUGGGUCUUUUGCUAAAAAGAUAGAAUUUUUGGUUUUUUUAAUAAUUUAUAAAGAAUAUCUAUGACAUUAUUACACCAACCAUGUGGACAAAUAUUUAAUUGCAA